AUGUCCAAGUACAUUCAAUUUUUACACCAAUGUCAAGUAACUAAAAACCUCUCAUCCAUCAAGAAACUCCAUGGUCACCUUCUCACUAAUGGCAAUCUCUUCGUUCUUCAUGAUCUUCACACCCAACUCAUUGCCACUUACACCUCAUUCCUUCCCAACAACAAUCUUCAAACACUAACAAACACUUUCUUCAAAUGCAUCAACUCAACCAACCCAUUACAUUUCAAUCUCAUCAUUUCUCAUUUUUCUCGUAAAGGUUUCCCCUUUCUUGCUCUUACUUCCUUCUCCUUCAUGCACACCAAUGGGGUUUCCUUAGAUACUUACGCUUUGUGUAGCACUUUGACCGCUUCAUCUAAACUCAAAGACUUUAAUUUUGGGAAACAGAUACAUGCCCACGUGGGAAAAUCAGGUUGGUUUUCUAGUGUGUUUGUGGGUAGUGCUCUUAUUGAUUUUUACUCUAAAUCGUUGAAUGUUGAAGAUGCAGCUCUUGUGUUUGAUGAAAUUCCUGAGAAGAAUACUGUCUGUGCUAAUGCACUUUUGUCUGGUUAUUGUGAGGCUGGGUUAUGGGUUAAGGGAGUUGAAUUGGUUAGGAAAAUGCCUGUGUUGAAAUUGAAGUAUGAUCACUUUACGUUAUCAGCGGCUUUACGUGCUUGCACUGGACUAUCAUCUGUUGAAAUGGGUAGGCAGCUGCAUAGUUAUUUGCUCCGUACUAUGCCUGAUAUAGAGAGCGAUGUGUUUCUGCAGAGUGCGUUGGUUGAGAUGUAUGGAAAAUGUGGAAUGGUAGAGAAGGCUCGGCUGGUUUUCAAGUUGGAUGGAAUGGAGAUUAGAAACGAAAGAAGUAGAGACGUUGUGUUAUGGACUUCGAUGCUUGGCGUGUAUGGUAAAAGUGGGCGUUAUAAGGAAGUAAUUGAUUUGUUCAGUGAAAUGUUGCAGGAAGGAAUCAAACCUGAUGGGAUAGCAUUUCUGACAGUAAUUUCAGCUUGUGGUCACACUGGCCAAGUACAUUCUGGUGUCAAGUAUUUUGAAUCUAUGACUAAUGAUUUUAAGUUGAAUCCCGGUCCAGAGCAUUACAGUUGUCUGGUUGAUUUGCUUUGUAGGGCUGGAGAGUUACACAAGGCAUGGGAAUUACUUAAUGAGACACACUAUAAGGAUAUAGGGAAUUGUAGCGUCUCAAUGUGGGGAGCUCUACUGAGUGCUUGCGCGGAAAGUGGGAAUAUAGAGCUGGCAAAAGUGGCAGCACAGAGGGCCCUUGAGUUAGAUCCUCAAAAUGGUGGAAUAUGUGUUAUGUUAUCAAACCUAUAUGCCCGGUUUGGUAUGUGGGAUGAGAUUGGACGUUUGAGGGUAUCGAUCAAACAAAGAGGGUUAAGAAAAGAUGUUGGAUGCAGUUGGGUUCAGGUGACAAUGUAA